CCCCAGGGCUUGGCCACUCCCAGCAUCCAGCACCCCCACCCUCCGCUGGUUGGGAGGCAGGCAGGAGUUUUUUCUCGGGGGCUGUGCCGGGUGGGCGGUUUUCCCGGAGCAGGACUGAGUUGGCGCCAGCUCCCUCAGAUGUAGACACUGCUGGUGGGAUGACCAGCCUGCCCCAGCUCGCUUGAGCCCAAGGCUCCCUCAGGCACCGUGUUCCCGCCCUGGGGGCUGUGGCACCACAUCCCUAGGGUGUGGCAUGUCACAGAGAAAGGCCAGAGGGUCACCCACGAUGCCCGGAGUGGGGCAGAGCCCCGCGAAGGCCAGGCCGAGGUUGCUAGCAGGCACCGACAGGAGGAGGAGCCGCCAGAGCAGGACAAGGCAGGACCUGUGGGAAGAGACCAGCUGGAGCAGCCAAAGGUGGAGCAGAGCAGCCCCUGCCCCAAGAGGGGCCAGGACCAGAAGCCUGGCUCGUGGCAGGAGCGAGGCCUGUCCCGAGAACGCGGCGCGGGAGCGGAGUCGGGUCCGGACACUGCGCCAGGCCUUCCUGGCCCUGCAGGCCACUCUGCCUGCCGUGCCCCCUGACACCAAGCUCUCCAAGUUGGAUGUGCUGGUGCUGGCCACCAGCUACAUAGCCCACCUCACCCGCACACUCGGCCAGGAGCUGCCUGGCCCCGCCUGGCCACCCUUCCUGCGUGGACUCUGCUACCUGCACCCUCUCAAGAAGUGGCCCAUGCGGUCCCGCCUCUAUGCCGGAGGCCUGGAGUGCUCUGGCCUUGACUCCACCACAACUGCCACCUUAGGCCAAAGAGCAAAGGAGGCUGAGGCCAGGCCCCGAGCCUCUGGAGAGGCAGAUGCUCUCCUCCUGACCAGGCCACCCUCUCCAGCUCUUGGGGACAAAUGAUCCUCACGCUCACCCUUCUUCCUAGACUGCAACUCAAGCUUAGGGGCCCGGCUUCUGCACCAGGCCCUGCCUGUCUGCACUCUGACUCUCAGCCAUUGGAUCUGACUCAGCUCCCAGGUUCCGGCCUGCAGACCAGGCGAAGCCGUGGGCGCGUCUGUGAUGGAGAGAACUCAGGAGCACCAGGGAGUGGGUCUCCAUCCUGGGCACCCAGGGGGUGACUCCCCGGUGGCUCUUCCAUGGCAGCUGCAAGGGAAAUGGGAGAAGAAGUGGUCUGAUGGGGUUGGAAGCCGACUUAGGGCACCACCCCUUGCUUCCCCUCCCCCUAAAGUUCCCGCAAACCCUCUGGAGAUCGCGAGCAGACACACCUUCCUGCACAGGGGCAGAGGUAGGGGCCUGGGGUGGCGGCAGCCGCAGGGGCUGACGGGACAGUUGCAGGCCAGACAGGCUCUUGGCAGCUGUCGAGUGUGAACCGAGCUGGACUAGGCUGGGGUCACAUCACCAGAGGGGAAGCUGAAGGAGGGAAAGUGGUCGGUUUUUUCGCCACGACGUGCUUGCUGGAUGUCAAAGAAGCAGGAAGGAAUUUAGGAGGCUUGUCUCUGCAUUACGGCCUCUCCAGCUGCCCCUCAUCACGACAUUUUCUCCCUCGCUGGGCCCUGCACCCUUGCCCGCUUCUCUUGAUAUGAGUUAUAUUUACAGGUUCAGCCAUAAAGCUCGCAUUGCGCACAUUCCAGCUCCCAGGAACACUUGUAUCCCCCACUGCCCAGUCCGAGACGACCUCAGCCCAGAGGCAGCUCCACCCUGACUGAGCUAGUUGGCACCCUGAGGCCUUUCACAAGAAGAAUGCAGACGGAGUCAGUUACCUCCUUGAAGGACCUUGGAAGAAGGUGUAUCUCUUCCAGGGAAUAAUCAUUAUAGUCUUCUUCUUUUUCCAUUAUGUUAGAAACCUAACCUCCAGGGAAAACAAGGCCCGGGUUCAGUGGGUUCCUUGUGUGAUUUUGGACGAAGGCCUCACUGGCUCUGGAGUUAUUUUUACAAUCUGUCUACUAAUGACCUUUCCAGGGCCAGCUCCGCCCCCUCCCCACAGACUGCCCUCCCAGGCGCUCCCUAAGUCGGGCCCUAGGGUGCCAGGAAUCUGAUAGUUCCGGAGCAGUUUACUUCUGGUUCCGAGGAAAUGAUCUGAGGACUGAUCACCAAGUCUACGCUUACUGGAAAUGAUCUUCCAGAUGCCUGAAGUCCAGACAGAGCAGAAGCCACAUUUUUGGGGGAACUUCAGGGCCUCGGAGUGGGAGGGGAUGGGCCAAGACGAAUAGAGUCCCAGCAGGGGUAGCCUUAGACAGAGCCAGCAGCCCCACCAUGAGAAUGAACAAGGUUUGGGGCAGGCUGGGAGCGGCUGGGGUUGCUGGUGUGACGAGUUGCUGUCCCUCCACAGGGCCGGCCAGGGCAGCAGGGGAAAGGGGGCUGACGGGGUGACUCAGCAUGUUGGGGUGGAGGCAGGAAAGGAGACACAGAACGUUCUAGCCACGGCUGCACUGGAUGUGGGAGAGCAGCUGGACUGUGGCCGGGAGCCAUGGGGAGAAGGCCGCAGCCAAGGCCGAGCUCGUAAAUCUACCGAGGGGCCCAGAGAGCUUGUGCGGAGCUGCUUCUGGGUAGCUGGACGGGGCCAGCAGGGGCAGAGACCAGGUGUGGGUGGGCACGAGACGGUUUCUUCACAAGACCAUAAAAGUCCAGCUUGAGCGUUCUAUUUUUAAAGCCAAAGAGCAGUAUCUUCCUGGUUGAGUGUGAGGGUGGCUGGAAGAGGGGCAGAUGAAUUUCUUCCCAAGCCGGUGGCAUGCAAUGUUUUUCUGGGGAUGAAGCUGGGAAAACUGGCUUUGGGUGUGUGUAGGGGAGUCCCUCUAGAGCAUGAGACUUCUCCUGACAACUGAGGGGACUCUGGUUGGGAGUGUACCCCGACCUGCCCAGCUCAGACCCAAGCCUGCAUCCUUCACGGGGUGACCACGUCACCCUGGAAGAGAGGACAAGGAGAGCAAAGGAAA